GCAGACUGCAAAGCGCAAAUUGCAAACUGCAAUAUUUGCAUACCUACUCAAUACUGAAGUGUUUGUGCAGCAUUUAUUUUUAUUGAAAUAAAGAAAAAAAUGUACACUAAUGCAAAACACACGUGCUUUAUCUGAAUAUUGUGUUAAUGAUUUGUUAUAGAUACUUCAUUUGGUUUCAUUUGCCUCAUUUCUAAAUAUUGAUUACAAAUAUUUACUGAAAAUGAUAUUUCUUUAUGUCGUAUUUCAAUUUUCGCUGUUGAUAAAUUACAUAUAUUGUGAAGAAUUUAAUUUGUUCGGAGAUGCAGGACAAGCAUACGCAUUAGAAGUUAAUAUUGGGCAUCCACCUCAGAAGUUACAUGUUUUAGUGGACACUGGAAGUACAACCUUAGCUAUAGCAUCGUAUGCAAGGAAAGAUAAUGGAAUUUAUUUUCAUCAAGAAAAUUCUACCACUCUUUAUAAUAGUGGUAAAGAGGUGCAGGCCAAAUAUUCUCAAGGAACAUGGAGCGGCCAUCUCGCCUCUGACUUUGUGCAGUUUCCAACUCUGCCGAUGGUACCAGAAGUGAGGAGUGACAUUGCUCUAAUCACAAGGAGUUAUAAGUUCUUCAUGAAUGGAUCUGGUUGGCAGGGUCUCCUCGGACUUGCGUAUCUGCCCGUUGGGGCAUGGGGAGAGAAUGUGGUAGUUGGUUCAUGGUUGGAUUUCGUGGAGAGACAUAUUAAAAAGCCAAUGUCAUUUGAACUGAAACUUUGCGGCACACACAGCCCUGAGAAUGCCACUCAUUAUGGGAAUUUGAAGAUGUUUGAUGACAAGAAUUCCAACGCAAUAAGCAAUGAGUUUAUCUUUCGAACUCCGAUUCUAAGAAAGAGAUGGUAUGAAGUGGGUGUCUUAUCUGUGCAUCUUAUAAAUUCUACAGUUAAAAACAAUAUGGCCAAUAAUAUCACCUCAGAGGAUUCGAAUAAAACAAAUGGUGAAAUAAAUCGAGAUAUUUGCCAGGAGUUAAAUAUGGAAAAGGGCAUUGUUGAUAGUGGAACAACGAGUAUUAGGUUGCCGGAUGGUAUAUUUAAACAGAUUGUGAGUGAACUAAGUAAUUCAGCGCAGACAUCCAACAUGCUUAUACUGGAUGAAUUUUGGUAUCGUGGAGAGGCUGCUUGCUGGCCUGAACCUCAAGAAUGGAACUUGCCAUCUUUGGCCAUCGAUCUUCUCAGCACUGAAGCUGAUAAUCAGUAUUUUACACUGGAAAUACCAGCGCAAAACUUCAUGCGAGUUGUAACUGCGCGUAACAACAGCGCUGAGAGUGGUACAGUGUCAGAAUUUUGUUACAAAUUGGGUUUAGAAGCGGGAGGUAGAGAGACUGUACUUGGAUAUACUGCUAUGGAGGGAUUGCAGGUGCUUUUUAACAGAUCAGCCAGCUGGAUUGGCUGGAAGUCCUCAGACUGUGGACCAAACGCUCGCGUCUCCGGUCCAUACAACACAACUAGAUCUCUACUUUACAUGUGCCAAUUAACACAACCGAUACCAGAUGUAAAUGUAUCGAUAAAAGCCGCUCAAUGGACGCUCUGUGCUUUCUCAAUAAUAGCGGCCGCGGUACUAAUAUAUUUACUAGCGCCGUGCAUAAAAAUGUUUUUCGUAAGACCACUGCCGAGAUCUCAACAGAUUUCUCUGUCCCAAGCGGCGCUGGUUGAACAAGAAACGUAGGUGGGUUAAUAACGGGGUUUAGUAUCAAAGAAGAAAAAAAUAUUUUUUUUGUUUUUUUUUUUGAAAAAAAUGUAGCUGGUACGAAAUGUGUCAUAAAAUUGAGCCAAAGAUUAACGAUUUUGGGUAUUUAACAGCAAAAAUAUGUUUUUUUGUUCAUUUAACCAGUGAAAAGUUCGAAAAUGAUCCAUGGUAAGCCCCGUUUUUUUAACAUUAAUCAGAAAUAAUUAAUCGAACAUAUUUUUUAAGGGUAAACUUUGUUGUUUGGAUUGUCGUGCAUUUAAAAGUGUGUUUAGGACAUAAUGUUUUUACGUGUGAUAAUUGUUUGAAAGUAUUUUAAAUUAUUCGAAAUGUUUGGUAGCUACUAAAUUAUGUUGUAAACGUUUGUCAUAGCGAUGAAUUUUCUCGUUUUAGAUGUUUCAUCAUAAAAAAUAUUAUUAUGAUAGACAUAGUCUUGAUUUGAAAUUUUUGAACGAUCCGUAAGCUAUAGUUAAAAUUUUGGUAUAGCUUGUGUGCAGUGGCUAUAGGGCGGUGUAGGUAUGUGCAUUUUCGGCGGGUUGGGGGUAAGAAAGAGCACGAGUUAGAAGUUAGAAAGAGACGGAACGGUCGGUACUCUCCCUCGCCUUGCCGCGCACAUAAGGCGUGGUAUAGCGAUUGCGGUCAAGCUAUAGCAUAAGUGUGGAGUUAAGUAUGAAUUUAAUGAAACUUAAUGAAUUUAGUGUGAUAGAUAUUUUGUGAUAACUUUUAACGUUCUCUUUAUAUGGCACUAGAAUUUUAUCUAUAGUUAAGUAGGUUUCCUAUUCUCAAGUAGUGUAUUGCACUUUAUUUUUCAGUAUUAAAAAUUCGGUCUGAUUUUCAUAUAUAUUAUGUAUUAAUGUAACUAAUAUGUAUAAUUUUUAUUUAUUACAAUAUGUUUAUAUUAUUUUUACUUACAUGGUAUUUAUAUUGUAUAUCAAAUUUGCAAUUGAAACAGUAUUUCUUAUAUACUUAGGUACCUCAUAAAAAUCUUGCCGAAUCAAAUAAAAAUUAUCAAAAUAAUAUACAAUCUGCAAAUCAGUGCUAACUAGUCGUUUUCGGUCAUUAUUUUAUUAAUUUUGUAUAGGUUCGUACUUUUUGUAUUUAUUUAUGUUUAGAAUCAAAUUGUUCCUUUUAUAUUAAUUUAUGCAUUUUUGUUGAAUGUCUGAUAUUAGUAAGGUUAGUUCUAUGUUUAAUUUAAUUGCAUGCCAUUUUAUAUUCUCAUAUUCGUAUAAAUUAAGCGUAACUAAUUAAAAUUUUACUUUUUGUAUAUAUGUAUGUACUUACUUCAAACGAUAUUCUUCGAUUAUUAUAAGUUUUUAAUGGGGUAAAAGAAACAAUCUUCACAAUACAUAAUUAAACUAGGUAUGUUAUUAAUGU